CCUGGAAAGGUUCCUAACAGUACCAGCUGUAUUCCGUUACUGUCUUUAACAAAUAAUUUGCGGUACACAGUCUCCAUUGAGUUCACUGGUCAUCUCAAACGAAACCAAACAAACGCUCUAGAAUUACUUAAGUUCGUGGAAAGUGGAAUCAAAUUUCAUAUUUCAAAAGUAUUUGGUACAGAGGAAUUCGAAUUAGAUAAUUUCCAUCUUUUGUCUAACUUCCCGUGUGAAUCAACAUCAGCUUAUAUCAACAUAGAAACCAUCCAAAUGUUUCUUUACAUGACAGUCCAUAUAGAGGGAUAUGUUCCACGUUUUCGGACGGAAAAUUCUUUGUUAGAAAACACUUCUGAUAUGUGGAAUAUAUCUGUAGAUAGUGGGAAAUUUAUCAGUCUUACUUCCAAAACGAGCUUGAGAGCUCUGAUGACACCAUCCAUAAUAGAGAAAGCAUCCUUCAAAGAAACGUGUUACAUUCAAAGGUUUUCCAAUCACAGCUUUGUCCCUCUGCAGACGUUUAGGUCAGUCUACGUUACAAAAGUUCUUUUAUGUCAACAAAUCGAACUCGAAAGUGACGAAUAUGACGUCAACACGGUCAAUAUGGAAAUAACAAUUCACAGCAUCGGAAAGACUCUCCCGUUUGACAAAUUCCAAAGAUCUUCUCACGGUAGAGUUCGCGUCUGUGUGGAAGACGUUGAAGCCAUCUCAGAUCCAGUGGUGGAAUAUGUAGACCCGGCACUUCCGAUACUAACUCUUGUCUGUAAUAUGGCUUCGUUGAUUUGUCUGUUUCUUACGUUUGUUGUCUAUCUGGUCAAUCCGACCCUUCAGUCAAUACCAGGCAUUAAUAACAUGUGUCUGGUGUUUUCUUUGUUCUUCACUCAACUCUCCUUCCAGUUUGGGUUAAUGGCUCCGGUAGAUUCUGUUUUAUGUGAAGUUAUUGGCAUGGUCAUGCAUGUCUUAUGGUUGUCAGUGUUUGGUUGUAUGAAUAUUUGCUCGUUUCAUAUGUUCAGGGUUUUUAGUGGAAUAGGUAGCUAUCAUAUAGUUCAUAACAAACUUAAAACGCUGAAGAGUUACAUGUCGUAUUCGUUUGGACUUCCGGUCAUAAUCGUUGGUCUAAAUACAACAUUCACUCUCGGAUUUAACAAAGGGCAGAUAACUGGGUAUGGAGUCGGCAAAUGUUUCAUAUCAAGUAAAAUAUCUUUCUAUUUAACGUUUCUGUCACCGAUAGUCAUAGUGUGUUUAUCGAACAUAAUUUUCUUUUCAAUCACAGCCUAUAAAAUACGUAAUGCUCCACGUAUCGAGAGCAAUCAUGAAAAUCAUCGUCAUUUUGGGAUAUAUAUUAAGCUGUUUUUCAUAACAGGUGUCACAUGGUUAGCAACGGUUAUUGAAGCCUUUUUUCCUGAGUCGAUAGUUUCGUAUUUCAAUACAAUACUUAACGGGUGUCAAGGUGUUUUUAUUUUCAUUGGCUUUAUAGUCAACAGAAGAGUGUUCUUGUUGUUGAAGGAAAAAAUCAACAUCAGAGAUAAUCCCUUCUGUAGAACCAACUCUCCUCAAGUGACCCGGACAAGUACGUUCAACAUGAAUUCCUCUUCCAAGAACAACGAGUAAUUCUUGAUGGUAACAUUUCGGAAUUUCAUAUGGAAUUUAUUUAACGAGAUUAAUCAAUUUCAUGCGGUACUUAUAUAUAUGGGAAUACACUUUUUACUAUACGGGAAAAAAUACGUUGAUUGUACAAAAGACACAAGAUAACUUUCUGUGAGUGAUUUAGACUGCAUCAUACAAAAUUCUCGUCCUUCUUAGACUCGUCAGUGAUGCUAAGGACCUGAAAUGUAUAUUAGACAGACGAAUAUAGACUCGGGCAUGCUGUGUUUCUCAAUAGGGAGGCAAUCACAAGACGUCAUAGAGUUAUUGUGACGGGGUUGACAGGGUAAGCACGGACCUUGAAAAGCCUUAAAUUUCACAUUGGGCAUUGAAAAGCAUUGAAUUUCAUUCUGGACCUUUAAAAGCCCUGAAAAUUGGUCUACAGCCUUGAAAAAUCCUUGAAUGUUAAGGUUUCAUUAGGAAGUGAAACCCUGGCCACUGAUUAUUUUCUUCCUCUACAGCCAUUACUGUUUUAAUAAAUGAUUUAUAAGAAUAAUUACCAUAUGAAGUUAUAUUUUGAUCAAGUGGAUAGUUAUAACUUGCUUUUUUGUUCUCUUGUUCCCUAUCAAGCUGACUUAGAUGACGGGUAAAAUUGGCAUUGGAUAUUUAAUUUUGAAAAGGCCUUGAAAAGGCCUUCAAUUUGGUUUGACAUAAUCUGUAUGAACCCUGAUCGACUAUUUGUUAUGUUACAUUUUGUUGUAACACAUAUGCUACAUUAUUGUGAUAUCGGCGACUUACAUUGGCUGAUCAUGUCAUUUGUAUGAUGAAUGGAGGGUCUAUGAGAGGCUAUAUAAUAUGGAAUACAUGUAUAUUAAAAGAGUUAAAUGAUUCGAUAUGGGACGAUCCUUAAGCUGAGUGGCAUUAUGAACUUAUUUUACGAAUUUAGCCUUUGAAGUUACGUAACUGGUCUGACCAGGUAUGGCACGUUAGUCUUGGAAGAAAUGUGAGCUAAUUAUCUCACCGUCUGUUCUGAAAAAAAUGUUUUGAGUAUUAUUUAAUUUAUUGUAUCAAUUGUAAUUUAAGGCUAUGCAUGAAAUGUUUGUUAGACUCAAUUCAAUUCAACUUUAUUCCGUAAGUUUUACAACUUAUCGGAUAACAUAAUAUACAGAUAGAAUCUGGAGCUCGGACAGUACAGGUUGGUUUUCGGAUACUCCGGAAAUCGCCUGCCGACUCUUUGAACGUUUGACUUACUAGGUAUUAAAUUUUACAUUUGGACUACUAUUCACCAUCUUUGGAUUUUUAUACCUUUUCACACAAAAACAUUUGAAGAGAUCCGCAUUCAACAUGCUUCAGCCGUGUCCGAGUCUAGUAUGUAUAUAUAUUGCUAACAAAGCUCAACAUCAGAAUCAACAAUCACCGUUGCUCCAUCAAGCAAAACAGACCAGACUUUCCUGUGGCAAGGCAUUUCAUUUUACCUAGUCAUAGUUGGAAGGAUAUGCAGGUGGUCGCCAUUGAUCACUGUCCUACCUGGAAUGAAACGAAACGUCGUUCCAGAGAAAGAUACUGGAUUACCAAUCUCCAAACCUGCUACCCUCGGGGUAUGAACGAACGUUAAAGACGUCUUCUGGGUGUAUUCUCCAUGUGACCAUUAUAUUUGACAAUUCAUGUAGUUAAUUAUUCAAUUUGUUAAAAUUUUCAUUGCUGUACUUUUUUGGGCAUCAAUUCAUUGUUGCUCUUUGAGACUCGCAUUUAGUCGCCUUCCGCCAUCAACAGCAUCUUGGUCCGAUUUGGCCGGAACCGU